AUGAAAACCUUUUGGAUUGAUGAAUACUUAAUAGACUUUAUCGCGAAACGACUUUGUCUGUAUUCAGUUCUUAUGUUGACUGUACAAGGAGAAUUAUUGAUACAUGUUGCAAUUGCUCGAAAUGGAACCAGCAACAGCACUACGGGAAACAUAAAAAAAUGUUACACAUUAAUUGUUGUUCAUAUUGACUGUGUAGAUUUCGAACAACUUAAAAUAGAAGAUUCAAAAAUUGUUUAA